AUGUCCCAAAAAAACACAAAAUUCCAACGAUUCCCAUUAAGUGCCGAGGCAGCUCGAGCAAACAAGAAACUUGACUUUGGUAUUGUAGACGGUCAUCAUCAUCUGGAUUUGAAUACCUUACCACGUCCAUCAGCAGUGUAUCUGCACUUUCCUUUUGAAAAGUUUGGAUUCGAGCCGUUGGUGAAGCCUUUGCCACCAGCACCUGCUGGUUAUGAACCACCCGUCCCAUUCGAGCUGUUGGCUGAAAAUCUUCGCCACAUGCUCUCUUUCUUCGGUACUCAGCAAGCUACAAUGAACACAUUCCUCCCUUCUGAUUUGCUCGACAUGGUCGAAGAAGCUGGUGUCAAAUUAGCUGGAUCCGUCCAUCUACAAGCUGGUUGGGAACACGGACCAAUGGGAGAACUAGGGGAGACCAAAUGGCUCCAAGAAGAAGUCAACGCACCUACCAAAGGACAGGUUGCGACCGGAAUUGUAGGAACAGUGGAUCUGCUCAACAAUACCCCCGAAACUGUACGAGCUCAACUAAAGGCUCAUUUCCAGUACUCUGCUUUCAGAGGAAUCCGAUACACAUUAUCUCACACCAGGCCUGGCAUGAACGACUUGACCUUCAAUCCACAAGACAACUUGGUAGAAAAUCCAAAGUUUUUGGCAAACUAUGCCGUAUUGGAGGAAUUCGGUGCCGAGUUUGAUUUGUGGUGCUAUGGUCAUCAGUUGCAUCAGGGUGUCGUUCUAGCUAAGAAGUUCCCAAAUAUUCGUAUCGCUCUCAACCACUUUGGCACACCAAUCAACAUUGGUAAUGACAAGAAAGUAUACCAGAAGUGGCUCAAUGAUAUGACCGAACUAUCUAAAUGCCCCAACGUUUACUGCAAACUCUCUGGAUUAAUGAAACCACUAGGACUUGAAAAGUUCUUGUACCAAAAGCCAUGGAGAACUGCAGGCCCAACUGCCCGAGAUAUCGCUGACAGUAUCUUUGGCGAUAUGAUAAAAACCACUGUAAAGCUCUUUGGUGUUGAUCGAUGCUUCUUUGGAUCCAAUUUCCUUGUAGAUUGGGCUUGUGCCAGAUACGGCGAACUUCUAGCUAGUUUCGUCCUCGCACUGGAGGAUAUCGGUAUCACUUCAAAGGCCGAUUUGCGCAAGAUCUUUAGGGAGAAUUGUGCUAAAUUCUAUAAACUCAAGUUGAGCGAUGAAGCUAAACUUUGA